AUGUUCAAAAAAAAAACUGAACACGACCCGUUCGAACAAUUGAUUAACCCUGAACCGGAACCUGUUCAAAAGGGGUUUUUACAACGAGUAGUGUCUCGUAGCGAGAAUACAACCGCUGAAGAGGCUGAUGCUGCUGCCGCUGCCGCCAAUUCCAAAUACAAUUCGCCCUUUAGAAACUCGCAACAACUGGCAGCGGCUCAAAAACGUAAAUCGCAAAAAUUCCCUACGGUUUCGGCGUCAGGACCCGGGAUCACGGGACCAGACCUAGGUUAUAAAGUGAUUGAUGGCGCCAGAAAACGCGCCAAGGACAUUGCAGUACCCAGAUAUUUGCAAGGAAACGACGAGCGCCAACGUCGCAAAUUGGACAAAUUGGAACGCAAGGAAGACUCGUUGCAGUACAAAAAGGACUCCCAAAAGAUUGUGGACGUUAGAGAAGCCAGUAAGAAGCAGGAACAAGAUGCAAAGGCUCAAAGUGGAGAAUUGGAAGUCCCAGAGCCUGUAGUUGAAACUGUAGCCCCAGAUGAUGUGGAAAACGGUGAGGAAAACGGUGAAGGUGAAGUGGGAUCUCUUGAAGCUUCAGAGAAUGCUGCUGAGCCAGUUGCUGAGCCAGUUGCUGAGCCAGUUGCUGAGCCAGUUGCUGAGCCAGCUGCUGAGCCAAUCGAUGAGCCAGCUGUCGAACCCCUCGCCGAACCCCUAGAUGAACCAAUCGUUAACGACUCAGAACUGUUGGGUGCGGAAGUACCCGAAGGUGUAGACACCGCUCCUCUUGCCAAUGCAGAAGAACCCGAGAUCUCAACACCCGAGAUCUUAUCACCCGUAGCCAAAGUAUCCUCAACGUCAGCCAAAUCUGAAAUUGCCCCCGCAGAGGUGGAAAACGACACGACUGAAAAGGACUCCACAACUACGGGUUUAACCAAGCCAAAGGAUCUGAAAGAAGCGCCUCGUGUGCCCUUUGCAACCGGAAUUUUUGCACUGUGGACCAGAUCUGAUAAACGGGGCCAACCCGUAGCUUCGCCCAAUGAUCCCGAAUUCAUUGUCAGAUUCGACAAAGGUUACAUGUCAAAAGCUUUGUACGACACCUUGGAGUACGAAGAAGCGGUUCACAAGCAAGAAAUGGCGGAUUUCACAAAGGAGAGUGAUGCCAAAUACGAUGCCAAGGCCCAAGAAUACGAAACCAAUCUAACCUCUUUGAGAUCCCAGAUUGCAGAACUCGAAGCCGAAAUGGACCAGAUUAGAAAGGACACAACUGAAAAGCUUAGAGUUAGUGAUACUGUUUUAACGACAAAGAUGAUUGAAUCGAAUUCUGAACAUAGCAAAGAAAAGAACCAAAUUUUCAAAGAAACGGAAAAUAUCAAAGCAUCCAAAGUUGAAGAAAAACAGACGGUUGAAGACAAUCAAGAGGAAAGAAAGCAAGAAAUCGCGGAAUUGGAAAAGGAAAAAGCCGAGUUUGACGCCGAAUUUCAAGUUCACCAAACACGUGUGGACGAACUCACGUCUCAGUUGGAUGUUAAGUUGGCUGCUAUUCAAGAAUUGACGGCCAAACAGGAGGAAGAACAAAAUUCCAUUAAUGUGUUGACGGAACGCAAGGAAGCAUUGAUCGCCGAGGCCCAAGAACACGAUGACCAACAUGUGUCGAAUGUUGCGGUUUUGAGCAGCAUCGAAAACAAGGAAUACUUGCCCCAGCUCAACGCAAUCGAUGCCAAGAUCUCCGACCAUUUGUCGUCCUUGACUGUCAUUAAGCAAGAAACAGCAAACCAGGAAGCAGAAUUCGCGGUUGUUGCCAAACGCUUAGAAGAAGAAAAUGAAGAGCGCAAAGAAAAACUAAGACAGGAAGAAGAGGCGCGCAAACGCGCUGAAGAGGAACGCUUGCAAAAGCAACGCGACGAACAUGAUCAAAAAGUGUUACUAUUGCAACAAGAACAUCAGCGCCAAUUGGAGGAAGCCAACCAGCAAGCCCUAGACGUUCAACAAGAACACCAACGUCAAUUGGAAGAGGCCAAUGUUGAGGCGACUCGUUUGGAGCAAAGCUUGCAGGAUCAGCGCGAACAAAGCGAAAAGCACGAAAGAGAGAAUGUAAGACUUCGUGGCGAGCAGGCUAUUCAGGAGCAAGAGAAGACACUUCUCGCUGAUAAGGCUCUAGAAGAGGAAAUGAAAGCCAAGUCUCACAGCAGGGCGCAAGCAUUGGAUGCUGCGGAGAUCGUUCAUCAGAGAAACUUAGAAGCCAAUGCUGAAAAUAACAAGGCUUCUUCUGCAAACAAGUCUGCGUCGGAUGUCUUGCGCAAUCCAGCGAACAACGGCACCAAAGACAGCUCACUGUUUGAAUACUUCACCGAAAAGGAAGUCGCCUAUGUCAGCCCUCAUCAGAGUCACGCUUGA